CGUGCGGGGCGGGCGCGGUGCCGGCGGGGGAGCCAUGCCGCCGCCCAAGGACGUGGUGAAGAUCGCCAUCCAGAUGGUGGGAGCCAUCCCGCAGCUCAUCGAGCUCCAGCAGACCAAGCCCCUCGCCUCGGUGCUCAAGGACGUCUGCGAUGCGUGGAGUCUGCCCAACGCGGAGCGCUACGCCCUGCAGUACGCGGACGGGCGGCAGACAUACAUCACCGAGGCGAACCGCAGGGAGAUUAAGAACGGGAGCAUUUUACGGCUGGCCACCUCCCCGGACCAAGAAGCAGAGCAGUUAUACAACGGGAUUCAGAGCAGCAACUCAGAUGUGAAGACUGACUCACUGAAGAAGCUCGCAAGCCUCUCCCAGGAUGUCACCUUUGCUCAGGAGUUCAUCAGCAGGAAUGGCUUGAAGCAAAUCUUCUGGAUUGUGGAAGAGGGGAACACGACAGGGGAGAUGCUGGCUCACACCCUGAAGGCCUUCAUGGAGCUGAUGGAACAUGAUUUUGUUUCCUGGGAGACUCUUAGCCCAACCUUCAUCAAGAAGAUAGUCAGUUAUGUCAAUCUGAAUGUGGUGGAUGCAUCUGUCCAGCAGCUCUCCUUGUCUGUCUUGGAGAACAUGGUGCCUACCAGUCGCCUCCUCUUUGAGUUAGUCAAGAAGGAGGUGACACUGGAUCGUCUCCUCACCCACCUGCAGGUGACCAACUCCCAGCUGCAGCUGAAGGCCAUGGCCCUGCUCAUCGCGCUGCUGCUGGCAGCAACUGGUGCUGAGCGGCGGGACAUGAUGGACUACCUGAGGAGAAGAACAUCAGGCAGUUCAUCCACAAGAACAUCAUCCACAGCUCGGAGCCCCUGGGGGACGAUGGCUCAUUACCUCUACGUGCUGCAGUCCCUCAGCCUCAACCUCUGCGAGCGCCGCAUGAGGAGCUCCAUGGAUCCCUACUCACAGGAGCAGCGGGAGCUCCUCCAGUCCCUGCGCCAAAACGCCUUUGAGCCCGAGCCCGAGGCUCCUACCAGCACCGAGCGCCGCCGGUCCCUCUGUGCCAAGGAAUUCCGCAAGCUGGGAUUCAUGAACAACAGCAACCCAGCAGAGGACCUCCGCCGUGCCCCCCCAGGGCUGCUUGCCCUCGACAACAUGGUGUAUUUCUCCAGGAACACCCCCAGUGCCUACACCCGGUUUGUCCUUGAGAACAGCAGCCGGGAGGACAAACAUGAAUGUCCCUUCGCUCGAUGCAGCAUCCAGCUCACCCUGAUCCUCUGUGAGAUCCUGCACAUUGGAGAGCCAUGCUCGGAGACAGCUCAGGCCUUUUACCCUAUGUUCUUCGGGCAGGAUCAUUUCUUUGAAGAGCUCUUCUGCAUCUGCAUCCAGCUGGUGAACAAGACCUGGAAGGAGAUGCGUGCCACUCAGGAGGAUUUUGACAAGGUGCUGCAGGUGGUGCGGGAGCAGAUCACCAGGACCCUGUCCCUCAAACCCACCUCCCUCGAGCUCUUCAAGACCCGGGUGAACGCGCUGAACUACAGCGAGAUCCUGAAGCUGCGGCAGACGGAGCGGCUGCACCAGGAGGAGACGCUGGCCCUGCCCGUGCUGGAGCUGCGCGAGAGGCUGAAGCCGGAGCUGCUGGAGCUGAUCCGCCAGCAGCGGCUGCUGCACCUCUGCCAGGGCACCCUCUUCCGCAAGAUCAGCAGCCGCCGCAGGCAGGACAAGCUCUGGUACUGCCGCCUAUCACCUAACCACAAGGUGUUGCACUAUGGGGACGUGGAGGAGGGGGUGUGCUCUCCCCCAUCGAGAGCCUGCCAGAGAAAAGUAGGUGAUGGGCAGAAAGAAGAGGUUCCUGUGGCAGACAUGAAGAUGCUGCUGGUGGGGAAGGAGUGUCCACACACAAAGGAAAGAGCUCGGAAGCAGAACAAGGAUGUCCUGGAGCUGGCCUUCUCCAUGGUGUAUGACAUGGAGGAAUACUGCCUCAACUUCAUUGCCCCCACCCGCUACGAGUUCUGCCUCUGGACGGAUGGGCUGAACGUGCUCCUGGGCAAGGAGAUGACGAGUGAGCGGACACAGACAGACCUCGAUGUCCUGCUCUCCAUGGAGCUCAAGCUACGGCUCCUGGACCUGGAGCGCAUCAGCAUCCCAGACACCCCCCCUCCCAUCCCCAAACCCCCCAGCAACUUAAACUUCUGCUACGACUUCAGCCACGCAGAGCAGUGAGCUCCUCCCCGUGUCCAGUCCC